CAUUAAUAGCUUUUCCUCUUCUUUCCCCAUCCACCCUCGCACCCUCACCGAAAGGAGAAGGCUUCAGCCUUCAAGCGCACACAGCCACGCAAAUCCCCUCUUCAUCAACCUCGACUCGAGUCCGCGCGCGUCCCCGAAUCGAGAGGAGAUGAGUCGUCCGCAUGACGGUCACAGGUCCUUCUUUCCCAUGGGGAAUCCCUUCAGGAUGAUUCUCCCAAGAGGAGCCCGCCUGUCACCGAAGCUCACUGAGCUGCUCACUUCGUAUGAGGAUGGCCUGGCCUCGAGCUUGAGGAAGGUCAAGCCAGAGGCCACCUCAGAGGUGUUCACACUAUCAUGGAUGAAGCUCGCAGUGGAGUGCUUAUCAGAGCUGCACACCAAUAUAGCCACCCUGAUUACUGAGCUUGAGUUGCCCUUAUCAGACUGGGAUGAGAAGUGGGUGGACAUUUACCUGAACAGCAGUGUGAAGCUGCUGGACAUCUGCAUUGCCCUGAGCUCGGAGCUCUCUCGGUUGGAUCAAGGGCAGCUGCUUGUGCGAUAUCUCCUGAAUGUGUUGGACUCUGGGAGCGACAUGCCAUCCCAGGAGCAGAUCAGGAGAGCUGAGGUGUCGCUUAAGGAAUGGAUAGAGCGAGCAAGUGAAAGGUCUCCGAGGCUUGAUAGUUGCUUGGCAGCGCUACAGGAGCUUUCUGGAAACCUUUGCCUGAUGAAGGUUAGGCAUUCUGCUAAAGGGAAAGUGCUCAUGCGAGCAUUGUAUGGAAUCGAGGCUGUUACCGUCUUAAUCUGCAGUGUACUUGUAGCUGUACUGUCGGGUACCUUCAAGCCACUGGUUGACUUUGAUGUCCCUGAGAAAUUUGGUUGGUCUACGGCCUUCAUUGAUCUUCAGAAGGCCAUAAGCGGUGAACUUAGCAGGCAACUGUCCAGAGGUAGUGUUGCAGCGUUAAAAGAGCUGGAGGAUGUUGAUGUAUGUGCUAGACAGCUGCAUACAUUGACUUGCACUGCUCAGCUUGAAGAGGAGAAUGCCAGCCUGGCUCAUUCAUUUAGCCGUUCAAAGGAAGUGGUCCUGACAGAUACUACAGCCCAGGGAAGAGGCCAUGUGGAUAAUCUCAAGUUGGCUGAUGAUAGUAGCUGUCAGCAUGAAGUGAUCAUGCUGCAAAGUAUUACUACAGAAGGAGGAAUUGGUACAGCUGAUAUCAAGGAGGAUACCGAGACCAUUGGCCAUACAAGGGAAGUGAUGGCGCCUGAGAAAAUAAUUGACAGAGGACACCAAGAUGAUAACACAAAGCAGGACACUGGUGUUGUCACUGAUAUCAGUUGCUUGGAAAGGAGAGAGGAACUGCUGAACUGCAUCUCCCAGAUGUCGAAAAGCGCUGAAAGGCUCCAGUUGGGGUUGGACUCGCUGUCGAAGCGGGUGGAUAACUUCUUCCAUAUUGUGCUUACAGGGCGUGAUGCACUACUUUGUAAUCUCAGGUUUUCAAACGGCGGCAAGGUUGCUGCAGAGGUCAGGUCUUAAUAUGCCAUCUCAUGUUUGUGCCAUGUAAUGCGUGUAUAGACAGCUCAGCGGCCCAUCGUGAUGUGUGGUGCUUCUGACUUCUGGCCCCUGCUCAGCUCCACCAACACUAAGCCGGGGCCAGAUCUCAGAAGCAUUGUGCAUGAUAUGUGCCUCUAGCUGUGCUGUGCAAACGCUUAUAUAGCUUCCCUUUUUGGUUAAGUAUGAACUAGUGUUCUGUUGAGUAAAUAGUGCUGUUAAGUUGGUGUCGGGUGGAAUGUACACCAUCUAGAGUUGAGCAACUGUAUGUAUGCUCAUGUGUCCUGGUAACGGAGGUGAAAAUGAGUUGCAAAUGUUGAUCCCUGUUUGUCUGUUGGAUAACCUAAACUGGUAAUGUACAAAUUUCAAUGUAUUUGUACAUCAUGUUGGCAUCAUAAGUUCGACCUAGAGUGCUGUUGGUAUAAGUAGGAACUACAUACCCUUUUUGUGAGUAGGGACUGGAAUGUUCGCGAGUUGGUGUCGGUGGAAUGUAUAACCUCUAGACUCUAGAGUAGAGUAACUGUAUGUAUGCUCGUGUGUGCUGGUAAUGGAGAUGAAAAUGAGUUGCAGACAGC